AUGGCAGGAGGGAGUGGUAACAACAACGAUGGAGGAGAGUUAAGUGAAGUUAUGAGGCAAUUGGCAGUUGUUGCCCAACAAUUAGCAAGGAACUCAACCAAUAAUAUAGAUGCUCAGGGAGAGCUAUUUAAGAAAAUGGCGCAGAGCAAGCCACCAACCUAUCAAGGAGAGCCUAAUCCAACUAUACUGGAAAACUACAAAAUGAAGCUACCAUUAAGGCACUACUGGAUUCAAUUGGACUAUGUUUCAGGAGAAGAAAAGUCUAAGGCUAGGAAGUUUGAGAGUGGACUGACUACUGAUUUGCAGUUAAAGCUGUGUGGGCAAGUAUUUGAAACCUUGGAUGAAGUGUAUGGGAGAGCUGCACACCUUUAUGCGUUGAAGCUGAACAAAAAGAAAGAGCUAGUUGAGAUAGAAGGGAAAGAAAAGAGAAAAGAGGUGGGACAGAACUCUAGAAACCGGCAAAGUAACCAGAACAAUUUUAAGAAACAGAAGUACCACCAUAACAACAACUUCAGCAACAACAAUAAUUUCCAAGGCAAUAAUCGUCACAGAGGACGAAACUUUAAUGGUGGAGCUAAGAACUCUACCCAGGGAAAUAACAGGGGAGCAAGGCAUUUCUACUACAAGAGGUGUAAGAACGAUCACCCUGGUAGGGAUUGUGAUGGAAAUUUGGUUACUUGUCGUGCUUGCAACAAGUUAGGACACAAGGAGUAUGAAUGUUUCUCCAAGGACCCCAAUAGAAAAAAGCAGGGAAAUAAUCAAGGAGGGGCUCAAAAGAACUUUCAGGGAAAUAACAACUAUUCUGGGAAUAAGGGGGCACAACAGAAUGCGGCGAAAACCAACAAUAAUAAUGGAAAUAACCAAUAG